AUGAGCAAACCGGCCGUUGGGCUUCAGCUGUGGACUAUGGGCUUCCUUGUGGUACUCGGCGCUACCAUAGCAGGAACGAUAGUUUGGCUUUACCAUCCAGCCAAGAGAGCUAGUGUUGGAGGCGUCAUCGCCGAUGUGUUCGUCUUCACUGGUGAACUCGUGGCCAUAACCAAUCGGAAGGGGGACGAUGCUAUUCUAAGGGUGGUGAUGAAAGGUGUUAUGCAUAAUGGAAAAGCUGAAGAGUUUGCGCGAUUAUCAUCCGAAUCGGGUCGAACCGAGCACACUUUUGCUAAAAAGGAAGGAGAAUUCACUUGGGUGAUCGGAGCCAUCGAGGAUGCUCGAGGUCCUGUUGGAGAGGUAUUGAUGGAGAUAAUAAAGGACGAUGAUGUGAUCGCAGAUGGCCGAAUCGACUUGAAUGAGCUUUAUAAAGAAGGUCGUUUGAGCAAAGACAUGCAGAGGACGACAGAGAUAAAAGUACCUGUUAAAGGUGGUAUUGUGGAAGACAUCACCUUGAAUGGUAAACUGGCUAAAGGCUCUAAUUUCCAUGAGGCGCUGCGUCUAACCAAAAGUGUUUACGUUGGGGUCAAACGUGCUGGUGUCUUUGGCAUUGCAGCGGGGAAUGUUCCUCUUCGGAGGGUGCACAACGCAGAGCUUAGUAUCCCUAGUGGCAAUGGUUAUACUGGCAGCCUUGGUCCUACCGGUAGGAUGGGCAACACUCUGGUAAACCUGUGA